UCUUAAAGGUGAGGAGAAAACAGCCAGGCUAGUGAACCUGGGAAACCAAAGAACCUUAACACCAAGGUGGGGAAGGCCUCCUCAUUACUGCUGGAAGGGGGUCCAGCAACCCACUGGAUCUCUGUUGAUACCUCUCUGGCUGGGAAGACUUUGACUCUUGUUGCCCAGGCUGGAGUGCAAUGGCACAUCUCGGCUCACUGCAACCUCCGCCUCCCGGGUUCAAGCGAUUCUCCUGCCUCAGCCUCCAAAGUAGCUGGGACUAUAGGCAUGGAAAAUGAUACAAACAACUUGGCAAAGCCAAUCUUAUCUGUUAAGACCUUUCGUGGAGCUCCCCCAGAAUCUUUUGAAGAGUUCCCCUCUUCUGCCUUAGAAGGCUGGACAGGACCCACCAUUACUGUAAGAAUUAAGUGCCCUGAAGAAAGUGCUUCACAUCUCCACGUGAAAAAUGCUACUAUGGGGUACCUCACCAGCUCCUUAAGUACCAAACUGAUACCUGCCAUCUACCUUCUGGUGUUUGUAGUUGGUGUGCCAGCCAACGCUGUGACCCUGUGGAUGCUUGUCUUCAGGACCAGAUCCAUCUGUACGACCGUAUUCUACACCAACCUGGCCAUUGCAGAUUUUCUUUUUUGUAUCACAUUGCCCUUUAAGAUAGCUUACCAUCUUAAUGGGAACAACUGGGUAUUUGGAGAGGUCCUGUGCCGGGCCACCACGGUCAUCUUCUAUGGCAACAUGUACUGCUCCAUUCUGCUCCUUGCCUGCAUCAGUAUCAGCCGCUAUCUGGCCAUCGUCCAUCCUUUCACCUACCGGGGACUGCCCAAGCACACCUAUGCCUUGCUAACAUGUGGACUGGUGUGGGCAAUAGUUUUCUUAUAUAUGUUGCCAUUUUUCAUCCUGAAGCAGGAAUAUUAUCUUGUUCAGCCAGACAUCACCACCUGCCAUGAUGUUCACAACACAUGUGAGUCCUCGUCUCCCUUCCAACUCUACUACUUCAUCUCCUUGGCGUUCUUUGGAUUCUUAAUUCCAUUUGUGGUUAUCAUCUACUGCUACACAGCCAUCAUCCGGACACUUAAUGCAUAUGAUCAUAGAUGGCUGUGGUAUGUUAAAGUGACUCUCCUCAUCCUUGCGAUUUUUACCAUUUGUUUUGCUCCAAGCAAUAUUAUACUUAUUAUUCACCAUGCCAACUACUACAACAACAAUACUGAUGGCUUCUAUUUUAUAUAUCUCAUAGCUUUGUGCCUGGGCAGCCUGAAUAGUUGCUUAGAUCCAUUCCUUUAUUUUCUCAUGUCAAAAAUCAGUAAUCACUCCACUGCUUACCUUACGAAAUGCUGAAACCAUCUUAGAGAAAAAGGACAGCCAUCACAGAGAAUGUUUGUUUUCACAGACAUCUGUUUUCAUGGACAACAUAUGCAUAGUGCAAGAAGCUCCAUUUCUGAGCUCCUAAGAAAUAUGCUUCAAAGGUCAAACAUUACAAAAGCAUCAGUAAAAAAAUUUUCUUUUAGACUGAGUCUCCUCUGUUGCCCAGACUAAGUGCAGUGGUGCUAUCUUGGCACAUGGCAAUCUCUGCCUCCUGGGUCAGCCUCCCAAGUAGCUGGGAUUACCGACAUACAUGCCCAGCUAAUUUUUGUAUUUUUAUUAGAGACAGGGUGUCAUCAUGUUGGCCAGGCUGCUCUCUAACUCCUGACCUCAAGUGAUCGCCUGCCUUGGCCUCCCAAAGUGCUGAGAUUAGAGGCGUGAGCCACCACGCCGACCAGCAUUAGUCAUUUUUAAAAACACUUUAUCAGUAUUUUAAAAAUGUUAAUACAGGAGAAAAGAUAUCACAACUCUUUAUGGAAAACGACAUUUCCAUUUACCUUAUUGUAACUUUAAGCUCUUUAAAUCUCCAUCUUCCCUAUUUCUGUGAGUGGUACUGCCAUCCUUGAAAUAUGACAUCAUUUUUUAUUCUUUGGUCUCUUUUGACUCUCAUGCUGAUGGCUGCCUCAUCAACUGGCUCUAUCUUUGCAGGGUCCCUCACCAUGAUCCUUUAUCUAGCUCCACCUUUACCUUCUUUUUUCUUUCUUUCUUUUUAAAUAGAGACAGGGUCUCACUUUGUUACCUGGCUGAAGUGCAGUGAUCAUAGCUCUCUUCAGCCUUCAACUCCUGGACUCAAGCAAUCCUCCUGCCUCAGCCUCCCAAGUAGCUAGGACUACAGGCAUGCACCAACAUACCCAAUGAAUUUUAUUUUUUAUCUUUUGCAGAGAUGGGGUCUCAUUGUUUCCCAGGCUGGUCUUGAACUUCUGGUCUCAAGCGAUCUUCCCAUCUCAGCCUUUCAAAGUGCUGGGACUACAGACAUGAGCCACCAUGCCCAGCCCACCUCUGCCUUCUAACCAUUCUCUCCACUGCCAGCCUACGCUCCAUUUCACAGGUCCCGCCAGAUUAAUCUUCCUUGGAUAUCAGUACUAAAACACCUCUACUAACUCCACUGCUUCUAUAAUAAAUCAUAAAUCUUUAGCCUGGCAUUCAAGGCUAACUUGCUAAUCCAACUUCCCGUUAAAUCUUGCUUGUGAUGAGUAGGCACCAACCAAACCUCUUGCUCUGCUAUUUCUCCAUGUUGCCUCAGACUGAAAAGCUAGUCCUGACAUCUUUGCCUUAAUUCUGUCCAUUUCUGAAGUCCUCGAAGAACCAUUCUUCCCUGAUUCUCAGGCCAGCAUUGUCAUCUUUCUUAUCUGUACUUCCAAAGCACUUUUGCACACUUUUUAUUAUGGCAUCUAUAUAUAGUUCAUUUAUAUUUAAAUUUUUUAAUUCCAUGAACAAUCAAACACCAUGGAUAAUGGAGAAGGUGCUCAUCCUCUCCCUUCCUUGAACUUCUGGGUGAUGCCAGGCCCAAGUCUCUGUGGGGCCCAGCUCUAUGCUUUGCGUUCUGUGUGGCCGAAUGAAUUUAAAAAAUCUCAAAGCAGCUAAAAAGCCCAUUGACUUCAUACUGAAAAAGCAACAUACUGUGAUGACAUGGGAUGGUAUCAUUUCAGGUUGAGUAUAUAAAAAAGUAAGGAAGCUAAACUAAGACUAUACUCACAGGCCAUUUAGAAGUUUAAAAUAACGCCUCCACUAUUUUUUUUUCUUAAGCAUAGCUUUUAAUGGGGAAAUGGAAUUUUGUUGUUAAAACCCAUUAUAUUACAGUAAGUAAAUGACCAUUUUUCCCUUAACUCAGUGAUUAGACAGGAGGGAAGAUACUAGUGGCGAUGAAUGAAUGGUAGUAGUGAAUAUAAAUGGGGUUGAGGAAACUUUAAGCAUAAAGGAUUGCUGAGAUGAAUUUACAAGUCUGUAGGAAUCUGCCUUGAGUGUACAUUUUGUAAUGACCAACAAAACAAUAAAAAACAAUUUUAAAUGCA